CAAUCCCCAUCUUCAGUCGUACGGGGGGCUCGUCGUCCCUGCUGUAAGUCGGUCACUUCCCAUCUUCACGAUCUUAAAUAGAUCUCUUGAGCCCUCCUUGAUCUCUCAGUCUGACGCUUCGUCUCUUCCUAAUCUACCAGACUGCCAGAUUUCUCAUCGGUGCUGUGGCUACAAAGAAGGAACUCGUCGAGUCAUCGCUUCUUUUGGUUUAUGUUACACAUCGUCGGUGGAGUUUUCUCGUCGCCAGUCGGUCACGGAGUCGAUUGUUGAGGUUGCUAUGGAGUCAACUUUCGCCGCAGAUUCCCUUUCUUAUUGGGAUUUCACUGUUGUCAUCCUUCUCCGCCCUCUCCUUGCCAUCGGAUUUGUCCUCUUCUUAAUUUCUUUGGGCUGGUUGCUGGCAUGGAAACUAGUCCUAGUACACGUUCCUUUGGUGCAAGAGAUUUUUGGUCUCAAGAAAAAACCUGACAAAUCUAAACCACCAACUCGUCGUCUAUCUAAAUUGUGUAAUACCAGUAAUGCCCAAAAGUCUCAAUAGCUUUGGGAUGAUGACUUUUCUGUCUCUAGUCUGUUUUUAACGCUUAUCCACUUGUUACUCAAACAUGACAUUGUAUUGUUCAGUUGAUUACUGAACCCGACAAUUAUUUUGUGUAUAGGUGGUUCCUCAUCUAGAGUCUAGUUUGCGAUUUCCUUGUGUUUUUAACAUACUUUGGUUAAAAAUAUCAGAUUCUGCAGGGUUAGCAGUUCUGGUUUUGUGUAUCAUUUCUGAAGGACUUGAAAUGGUUCGAAAGCUCAUUUUAUAGUCUGCA